AAAAAAAAAAGAAAAACAUCCUCCAAAAUGUCCGUCUCCGCCUUCACCACCGCCCUCUCGGCCGCCCAGUCCAAGGCCCAGUACACCCCCGCGGUGCAGGCCGCCGCCGACAAGGUCAACGCCGACGCCUUCUCCGCCGCCAUCGCGGUCGUCCUGGCCGGCGAUGACAGCGCCUCCGUCGAGGGCGAGCAGGCCGCCGCCCUGCAGAGCGCCUUCGAGUUCGCCACCCUGCUCGUCAAGCAGCUGUCUUCCGAGCCCGGGCAGACCGAGAUGUUGACUCUUUACAAGUACUUCAAGCGCUCGAGAAACGAGGAGCCCGCCCAGCCUUCUUUCUAUCAGUUGGAGGUGAGUUUAUCAUCCCAUACUUUGGUCUUGCAUUUACCCCUGAAGGCUGGAAGGUAGUCUCCAAGGGCGGGGGAGUUGAGGAAGAAGUGGGCUGAUAAAGCAUGCACCACAAACAGUCCAAGUACAAGUACAACGCCUGGAAGGAGAUCAGCCACAUCAGCCAGCAGCGCGCUCAGGCCAACUACAUCAAGGAGGUUAACGACCUCAUCGAGAAGUACGGUACCCAGUAGACGACGGAAAGAAAGCGUGACUGAAACAUACCUACACUUGUUGGUUAUGGAACUCUGGG